UCCUGGGAAACCUGACUUUCUACGACCUCUUCACCGCCCAACGAGUCCAUCCGAACUGGCGCGACAGCAUCAAAGGAUUUUGUAGCCGUCCUCAAAACUCCAACGGCGUCCAGGAAGCCUUCUUUUCAAGACCGAUACCAAUGCAAUGCCCGUAUCGGGUUCUGUGGCUCAUCCAGCUGGGGGUUUUGGGACAUUUAGCUUUAGCGAACCCACCGAAGCAGAGGCAGCAACCUUUAUCGACUGGGAGUUCAACAAGUGCUAUCACAGUCAUGAUGAAGAAGUUCUUUGCCGCGGAUGUUCUCCUCACGACGAUGGUGUGCUUCACCCCACUUUCAGAAUGGAGCAUUUGAACCCCAUACUUCGCGACAACUUGACAAAAGGUGUUUGCUGGCGUGCAAUUGGGGAUGCGAUCGUUUUUUACGUUUCCGAUGUUGCUCAUCUGGAGCGGUUCGACCACUGGCACCACAAACACAUAACUGGCUCGUGGUUGGACACUCUUGCGUUUCAGCCAUCAGUUCGGGGGCUGAUAAUCGCUUGCCCUCGUCAACACGGCAGAACUUGGUAUGGCCGUAUAAAGUGGUUCCAGUGCGAUACGGCGAUCCGAAUGAAACAUUUCGUCAAACCGUUCAGGCAAGCAGAAUGGGCCCUUCCCAAGGACAGAAGCUGCCAUACCUUCUUGGAACCUGAACCACUUGCGGACAUUAUCAGAGACUGGCGGAGAUCGAAAUACGGUCAGUGGUGGCAUUCCAGUAGGAAGUUCUGGGUGCCAUUGGAUUGAUUGAACAGAUAGUACUAGCCCAUAAGUCUAGGCCCGUACUUGUUCUGCUGGAGUGCCACUUUCGGGAGCUGGACACCACUAUCAGGGGUGACCCCAUUGUUAGGAAGCCGUUCAGUCAAGAGGGCAACUCACGUCAUGCUGCGCGAACAUUGUUAGUUAUCGCACCCAGAGUGUGGGAACCUCAUGGGGGGGCAUUCCUGGCAGUGGUAAACUUGUGUGUGU